AUGCACAACCUAUAUUCUGGUACGGCUAAACGUUCAUGUAACUUAUGGAAAGCUGUGUAUGAAGAAGGGUUCAACAAGCCAUUGCUCUCGAAUGACGCCUUUUUGGGAAUGGUGGAAUCCACGGACGACAUUGUUUUGCCUUUGGGAUAUGAUAUACCCAAAGGAAAGAUCAAAUCAGGUUGCGCAGGAUUCAAGUCAGCCGAAUGGCGUACAUGGGUGGUAGCGUUAUCCCCUAUCUUGUUGAAAGGACGUCUCUUGGGCGAUCACUGGAAGGUGCAUCUCUUGUUUGUUGGCGCGAAUCGCAUACUGGCAAAGCCAUCCCUUUCAAUCGAUGAGAUCAAUGAAGGCCACAAGAAGCUACAGCAAUUUUGCAUGUUGUAUGAGAGGCUAUAUGGACCUGACGAAAUCACCCCUAACAUGCAUUUGCAUAUGCAUUUGCGGGAAACGAUGCUUGAUUUCGGGCCAAUGUAUGCUUUUUGGCUUUUUGGAUUUGAACGGUUCAAUGGAAUUUUGAAGGCAAUCGAUACAAACGGCAAGGAUGGAUUGGAAAUCACUAUGAUGCGUCAUUUCUUGCAGAAGCAUCAUGCAGGAGACUAUUUGCAUACCAUGAUCGCGAAUCUCGAGCGACAUCCCUUUUUGAAGAGUGUAAUCAUGGCGCUGGUUCUAUCAUUGUAUACUGCCUCAUCUGAGCCCCAAGAUAAUGAUGACGAGCUUUUCAACUUGAAUGAAUUCAAUCGCUUUUCGGAAAAUCCAAUGUUGGUUGAUGCAGUCCUAGGAUAUGAAGCUCUUCCACCAUCGCUUAUUACGUCGAUACAGCUAUCCGAUAAGCAUUGGGUAGACAAUCUCGUUGUGGUCAUUCCUUUACCAUGCAAAACAGUUGGGUAG